AACAACGCCUACUUGGUGGCCUAGAUAAAAUCGAGGAAAAUAUUGAGAGAAGCAAGGCAGAGAAAAAGAUUCAGUAGAGAGAGAUAGAGUACACAAUGCCCAAAUCACCUACAGACUGAGAGACAGAGGAGGUGAUCUGCCUGGCUCGGGCUCAGCCGCGCCCCCACUGCACCUCUGCGUUGCACCCAUCCCGGAGGAACUAAUCCCUUCCCUCCCUCCUUCCACAUCUCUCUCUCUCUCUCUCGUUAGACGACACCUUUGUACCGCUGCUGACUGGUCUUCUCCAACCCCCAUGCAUCCUAGCAUUGUUUAAUACGGCCUAUGGAUAUAGUUAUAAGCUCAUUUCCAUUUCCAAACUUUGUUUAGGAUAAAUUCUUUAGUUUUUAUUCUCUCACUCUCUCUCUCUCUCUCCUUCACAGAGCCUUAAAACAGACAAACCCCGAUCUCCCACUUCCCUAGUUCCCACACAACGUCGCUCGCAUUAUUUUGUUUCCGAGCCACCAUUAAUCUAUUCCAUUAACCCGGCUGUCCCUUGGUUGCUGGCGCGACUGCAUAUAUAACCACAUUAUAUGCACACGCGCACACAGAGUCUUUGUAGCUUGUAGUUACCCCCGCCCUUUCCCAUCCCGAUGCCCUGCUACUACGUGCUCCCCUCCGUUGUUAAAAGCCAUCCCAACUGAGUCUGCCUCUCCCCUGCCCCAUCCUUUUAUUGAGUUAUUCUCCUCUUAAUCCCUGAGCUAGCUAUCUCUCCUUAGAACAAUGCUGCACCAGUGCGGCCGCCAUAGCGGCGGGGGUAUCUCAACCCCGUGCUCUUGUGGCCUCCUCUACGGAGCUUGCGGCGGAAGUGGCAGCAACUCCUUCUCCAUUCUCUUCCCGGGAAAGCAAGCAGCCGUGGAUGAGGUGUUCGAUUCCGGAUAUCCUAUCCCGUCCUCAUCCUCGGUGGACUGCACCCUAUCCCUCGGCACGCCAUCGACCCGCCGCACCGAAUCCCACAAACCCCCACCCUCUUCCGCUGCCAUCCAGCGGCCGUCUUGCGUGUCUAGCUUGUGCUGGGAUAUCCUAUCCCAGUCUAGCAAGCAACCAUCCGUGGCCUCUCGUGGACCCACCGGGCCAACCAAUUCCUCCAACCUCGGCGCGGACCCCGUCCUCCUCGCCCGUAGGUGCGCCAACUGCGACACAACCUCGACCCCCCUGUGGCGCAACGGCCCCCGUGGCCCCAAGUCACUUUGCAACGCGUGCGGGAUCCGUUACAAGAAGGAGGAGCGACGGGCGGCGGCGUCGACGGCGUCGCCAACGUCGUCAUCGGUGCUGUCGGCAACGGCGGAGCAAACGGGGAUUGGGUACGGGUACCAACGGCAGCAGCAGCACCAAGCGUGGGGUUGUUAUGGCUCGACGGUGGCGGCGUCAAAGAGCCCGUCAAAAUCGAUGUAUGACGACCCGAUGGAAGAGGGGGAGGUGUCCUACCUCUCGUGGCGGCUCAACGUGGUUCCCUCGGCCCAAUUCCCGGUCCGGGACCGGCCCAGCCUCUUCCAAUAUAACUAGAAGUAACUACAUGCAGAUGUGGCCUUUAGUUAAUAGUUAACUUCCUUCGUUAUUUUUGACGUGCAUGGUAUCAAAAUCAAGCCACAUCAUGAUGUAUUAUUAACAAUGGAUGAUAAUAGUUUUGUUUUGUUGGUUAAA